CCUAAAAGGGACGGAAAGUGGCCGAGGGCGGAGAAGGGACCAUGGCAGGGGCCUGGAGGGCGCUCGUGCUGGUGGCGGGCUUGGCGGCGAUGGCCUGUGAGGCCCAACCCCGGCAGGGCCCCCAGGCGAAGAUUGUCGCCCAGGCCUUGCAAUUCUUCAACGCCGGGCGGCCAGGCCAGCCCCUCUUCGGCCUGCUGGAGGUCCUCCCAACACCCAGAUCGAACUCCACCUUCAGGACGCUGGCCAGGUUCAGGAUCCAGGAGACGGUGUGCCUCUCAGAGCCGCAGCAGCCAGCGCCCCAGCAGUGCGCCUUCAGGGACGGCGGGGAGGUGCGGAACUGCAUGAGCGCCUUCGGCCGGUUGGGCCGGUGGGGCCGUCAGCGCAUCCUGUUGGUCGACUGCAGCCCAGGCCCGGAGCGCCAGCAAGAGGACUCGCAGGAGCAGCCGGAGGCGGAGGCUCCACCCCCCGAAGAAGCCGCUUCAGACAUCGACCGCUCCCAGCUGCCCCCUGUGGCCAGGAACUUGUAUGACAAUGCCGUCAAUGACAUCAUCAAUAACAUCCUGAGGAAUAUCUAGGGCCGGGCAGGAGGGGCGCCCGCAUCCCGCCAUGACCUCCCCUCCCACCGCCCACAGCACCCCCUUCGCUGCACAGUCCCCCGCACGCCUCUGCUUCCGCACACCUGCUGCCCUCUGCUCGAACGCCUGCCCGUCCUGUGUCUAGCUGUGCCCGCCGGCGACAGCGGGUGGGGGAAUGGGCUUCUCAACCAGGUGCUCCUGGGAGGACAGUCCUUCUGCAGGACCCGGCACCCCCGCCCCCGCCCAGGCCCUGCACAUCCGCAGGCAUUGCCACGGGGUCAGCCCAUCCUCAGGGGAGAGGCUCAAUAAAGCAUUUCUGACAGA